AUGACUCUGCCAACUGUGCGACAACUUUUUCUUUUAUGCUUGUUUUGGUUUUUUGGACCUUGGAGCACGACAGAUGCCAGUCCUUUGGAUCAGUGGGAGGAUGGGAUGGCGUUCAGAAAACAGGUGCGAGACACCCAAAGUGAUGAUUUGAAUGAUGUUUUGUGGAGAGACCAGAAUGAGGAGCCAGUCCAGAACAUUUUUAAAAGAUUCCUGUUUCAUUACUCUAAAGCACGAAACUCUGUUGGUGCUGUGCAGCCCGAGUCUCACUCAGUUCAUCCUUUGAUGCGACUUUCUCCAAAGCUUUCCCAGAGGAGAAACAAGAAGGUGGUACUUUUGAAGAUUCGAGGUCUGCCGGAGGGGAUGCUGUAG